GGUAACAUGCAAAAUUCAAGUAUAUGGAAAGUAAAUGCUUUAGUGUAUACAGAAUGUAACUUGGUUAUACGUUUGACAAAGUCCUACUUUAAUCACAACUUAAGCUAUAAUUCCUACCUAUGGGUGUUAUUGAGAAGUUUUCACUUUUUUCUAUGUUAAUUCAUGAUUUAUAAUGUUGAAUACAUUUGUGAAAUACUAAGCUUUCUGAAACAACAAACCACACAGUGUGAGUAAACUUGCAAAGUACUGGCUUUUUUUUCUCCUCCGCAAAUAUUUGGUAUGAAAUUUGCUUCCAUUUCAUAAUGUGGAGUUUUCUCAGAAACCAAUUUACUAGAAUCACAUAGAAAAAAAACAACAAAUCAAAGUAUCCCAAAUAAUGAGUUUGCCAGGUUAAUAUUUAAAGAUACCACCAUUACUUGUAACAUUUUAACCACAUGCAAAUAUUAGUCCUAACAGCUUAUAAUGAAUAACUUCAGAGUAAAGUGGACCUCCCUCUUCAAAUUCCACCCUCUCCAUAUCUUUAUGGGGGAAAAAAGGUAUGCUAGUUAGCAUCUCCUGAUUGCAAAACCUGACACUCACUUAGGUAAUCUACAUAAUGUUAGGUGGUCAGGUUGAAGAUACAAAAUAUAAAUAAGGAAAACAAGAUUCUCAAGUGACCCAGGGGUCGUUAAAUAGAGACCAUAACAUAUAGAGUUCCCAGAGAUGACAUGACUCAAGACAGCUCUAGGAAGAUCGUAUCACCUCUCAGUCCCAGGAAGUUGUCCUUAACCACUAUUUUCUUUCCAUCACUUGCAAAUUUUGAAUUCUACCCCUCACUUUUUUCUACCUUUUGGUUUCUGCUGACUCAUACGUCUGGCUGUUAUUUUCAUCUGGGACGCUCAAUGACAUUUGAGAUAGGGCUUUUCUUGAUUGUGCAAGACGCUUUCACACACUGCACAGUAUUGACUGGGCCUCAGACAAUAAAUGCCUGUAGCACACAGGUCGUUGUUAAACCAAAAGUAUCCCAACGCUUCUCCAAGCUUCCCUAGAGGGUGAAAUGUCUCCUCCCCACUCAGGGAAGAAUGACACGGGGUAAUAGGAGCUUUCUGCCUCCUCUCUGGCUAACAAAUGGCUGGCUGUCAUAGUUUGUAACAGGUAGGAGUUUUUCCACAAAUGUUGGUUGCAAUUCAUAUCAUAUUUAUUCGAUUGAAUAAAAAUAAAGAGACCAUAGUCUUAACACGUAAUCCAACAAUAAUGCUUCUAGGUACUUGCCAAAUUGAUUUGAAAACUGCGCUCAUACAAAAAUCUGCACAUGAAGCACAAGAAAAUAUGCUCAACAUCAUUAGUCAUUAGAGAAAUGGAAAUCAAAACUCUAGGAAGAUACUGCUUCAUACCCCUUAGAUGGCUAUAAUAAAAAUAAUGGACAAUGACAAGUAUUGGUGAGGACGGAGAGAAAUUGAAACUUUCAUACAUUGCUGGUGGGAAUUUAAAAUAGUAAAACUGCUUUGGAAAACAUUUUGGCAGUUCCACAAAGAGUAAAAACAUAGAGUUAGCAUAUGACUCAGCAAUUCAACUCCUAGGUAUAGACCCAAGAGAAAUGAAAACAUAUGCUCAUAUAAAGAUUGUACAUAAAUAUUUAUAGCAGUAUUAUUCUUUUUUUUAAAUUUUAUUUUAUUUAUUUAUUUAUGUUUGCGGUACGCGGGCCUCUCACUGCUGUGGCCCCUCCCGCCGCGGAGCACAGGCCCCGGACACGCAGGCCCAGCGGCUCCGCGGCAUAUGGGAUCCUCCCGGACCGGGGCACGAACCUGCGUUCCCUGCAUCGGUAGGCGGACUCCCAACCACUGCGCCACCAGGGAAGCCCGAGCAGUAUUAUUCUUAAUAGCCAAAAAGUACAAACAACCCAAACGUCCAUCAACUAAAGAAAGGAUAAACAAAGUAUGCUAUAUCCAUAAAAUGGACUAUUAUUCAGACAUAAAGAGCAAUUAGUGUUGUUACAUGGUACAACAUGGAUGAACUUUGAAAACAUUAUGAUAAGUUAAAGAAGUCAGAAACAAAACACAACAUACUGUAUGGUUCCAUUUAUAUGAAACGUCCCCAGAUAGACAAAGCCAUAGAGACAAAAAGUAGAUUAGUGAUUGCCAGGGACUGGGGGCAAGGGACACUGUAGAGUAAUUUCUAAUGGAUACAAGUUUUCAUUUUGGGGUGCUGAGAUUAUUCUGGAAUUAGUGGUGAUGAUUAUAUAACAUUGUAAAUGUACUAAAAAUACUUAAAUAUACAUCUUUAAAGGAUGAAUUUUAUGGUAUGUAAAUUAUGUCAAAAAAUUUUUUAAAGUAAGAUAAAAAUCAAUAUUACAUAUGCAUGUUUACAGAAACUUUAUUCAUAGUCACUAAAAGUUGGAAGCAACCAGGAUGUCUUUCUUUUUGUUAAACAAACUGUGGUAUAUCCAAAUAACAGAAUACUAGUCAGUGAUAAAAGUAAUGAGCUAGCAAGGCAUACAAAAAUAUGCAUGAAUCUUAAAUGCAUAUUACUAAGUGCAAGACGUCAGUCUGAAAGGCUACAUACUGUGUGAGUCCAUCUAAACGAAAUUCUGGAAAAGGUAAAACUGUAGAAUGGGUAAACAGGCUAAUAGUUGCCAAGGGUUCCAGAAGAGGGAAGGUUUGAAUAGAUGAAAUAAAGGAGAUAUUUUAGGACAAUUAAACUAUUCUGCAUGAUGCUAAUAGAGAAUAUAUGACAUAAUGCAUUUGUCAAUCAAUACCCAUAGAACUUCACAACACCAACAGCAAACUUUAAUGUACGCAAAUUAAAAAGAAAUUAUUUAGGAAAUCAAGUGAUCCCGAGAUAGAAUGCAGACUGUGACAAAAGGAUCUAACUGUAUUACAAAUGCACAAAAUAACCUCACUGAAAGAAGUGGGGGAACAGGUGUUAACCAAAGCAACUUUGGAAAUUAGCAGAGUCUGUAAAACUAGGCAAAAGUAACUACAAAAGCAAUGUAUUGUUGCUUCCCACUGGAUCAUGGGUUAACAGUUCUGGUACUGCUAUACAUGUGCACUGAAACUGAACAAUUAAGUAAAUGGAUGGUGGAUGAUGGAUGGUGGAUGAUGGGAGUCAGUUCUCUCACCGUUGGGAUAAGAGGUUACAGAAAAGCAAGGGGAGAAGGUUAGAUGAUCUACGUAGUAAUGGAUUAGAGUUGAAGACGUCAGUAUAAACUCACAUUUAGUUUAAUAUAGUCACAGAAGGAUACAUAGGAAAUAUUUAUAGAUAUUUAUCUACAUGAGGGUGAGUAUACAUACACGUAUUUCCUUGCUCUGUCUGCUGAGAAGGCCUAGAAGCAAUGACACUCUGGUAGCAGUAAGCAUACCUCGUGCCCAGAUCUUGGUUUCUAAUACCAUUCUCCAAUAAAAUGAACCAGGGCUCCUUGGAGAAAUCGUUGCUUCCAGACUGUUCAGGAAGUACACACGAUAAGCCUGCAGCAUAUUGUAGUGCCAGAAAGAAAGUGGUAAAACACACACACACACACAGUUAUGAGCUGAAUGUUUGUAUCUCCUCCAAAUUCAUAUGUUGAAGCCCCAAUCCCCAAUUUGGAGAUGGAGGCUUUGAGAGAUAAUUAGGUUUAGAUGAAGGUGGGGCCCCCAUGACGGCAUUAAAAUCAGAGCUUGUUCUUUCUUUCUCUCUCAUUCUCUCUUUCUCUCUCUCUCCCCACCAUGUGAGGAUAAAAUUAAAAGGCAAUCAUCUGCAAACCAGGAAGAGGGCCCUCACUGAGGAACUGAAUGAGCUGGCAUCUUGUUCUUGGAUUUCCCAGCCUCCAGAACUGCGCACAGCAGUAACUGAGAGAGAACAGGAUGCUUUGGAGGCCUUGUCUUCAGGAAAGAAGAGCAAACUGUACUUACAUGUGUGGACAGUGAACAGAAUGGAUGAUGGUCAUCUCAUCUUUUAUCACAGAGAAACAUGAAAAUGACCGAGGACCAGGUGCCCACCCUCCUUACUAAGACGCCGGCACUUUGUCAACUGCCUAGAAUUUAGAAGAAGCAACUCUGUGUGAAAGGGAAAAGAAGCCUUACAAUGAACGAGAUUUUGGUUUUGCCAUUUGACUGAUUAAGGAUUCAGAAUAAAAAUUAAGUUCUGUUAGAGAGUAAUUUAAGUUACAUUUCUGGUGAACCUAACUGAGUCUGAACUCUAAGGCGCUCGGGCAAGCUGUUGCUUUGCUCUCCGGCUGGAGCCUGAGGACGCGGGGUGGAUUCGUCUGUAGGAGACUCCAGGCUGUGGGCAACGCCAUGGCCUCUGUGCUAAGCAAGGACGUGGUGGACAUCGAGAGUAUCCUGGCUUUAAAUCCUCGAACACAAUCUCAUGCAACUCUGCAUUCCACUUUGGCCAAGAAAUUAGCCAAGAAACAUUGGAAAAGAAAUCCUGAUAAGAACUGCUUUAAUUGCGAGAAGCUGGAGAAUAAUUUUGAUGACAUCAAGCACACGACUCUUGGUGAACGAGGAGCUCUCCGAGAAGCAAUGAGAUGCCUGAAAUGUGCAGAUGCCCCCUGUCAGAAGAGCUGUCCAACCAAUCUAGAUAUUAAAUCGUUCAUCACAAGUAUCUCAAACAAGAACUAUUAUGGAGCUGCUAAGAUGAUUUUUUCUGAUAACCCACUUGGUCUGACCUGUGGAAUGGUAUGUCCAACUUCUGAUCUUUGUGUAGGUGGAUGCAAUUUAUAUGCCACUGAAGAGGGACCAAUUAAUAUUGGUGGAUUGCAACAGUUUGCUACUGAGGUGUUCAAAGCAAUGAAUAUCCCACAAAUCAGGAGUCAUUUUCUGCCUCCCCCAGAAAAAAUGCCUGAAGCCUAUUCUGCAAAGAUUGCUCUUUUGGGUGCUGGGCCUGCAAGUAUAAGUUGUGCUUCCUUCUUGGCUCGAUUAGGCUACUCUGACAUCACUAUAUUUGAAAAACAAGAAUACGUUGGUGGUUUAAGUAUCUCUGAAAUCCCUCAGUUCCGGCUACCAUAUAAUGUAGUCAAUUUUGAGAUUGAGCUUAUGAAGGACCUUGGUGUAAAGGUAAUUUGUGGUAAAAGCCUUUCAGUGAAUGAAAUUACUCUUAGCACUUUGAAAGAAGAAGGGUACAAAGCUGCUUUCAUUGGGAUAGGUUUGCCAGAACCCAAAAAGGAUCACAUCUUCCAAGGCCUGACACAGGACCAGGGGUUUUAUACAUCCAAAGACUUUCUGCCACUUGUAGCCAAAAGCAGUAAAGCAGGAAUGUGUGCCUGUCACUCUCCAUUGCCAUCGAUACGGGGAGCCGUGAUUGUACUCGGAGCUGGAGACACAGCUUUCGACUGUGCAACAUCUGCUUUACGUUGUGGAGCCCGCCGAGUGUUCAUCGUCUUCAGAAAAGGCUUUGUUCAUAUAAGAGCUGUCCCUGAGGAGAUGGAGCUUGCGAAGGAAGAAAAAUGUGAAUUUUUGCCUUUCCUGUCCCCACGGAAGGUUAUCGUAAAAGGCGGGAGAAUUGUUGCUGUGCAGUUUGUUCGGACAGAGCAAGAUGAAACCGGAAACUGGAAUGAAGAUGAAGAUCAGAUAGUCCAUCUGAAAGCCGAUGUGGUCAUCAGUGCCUUUGGCUCAGUUCUGAGUGAUCCUAAAGUAAAAGAAGCCUUGAGCCCUAUAAAAUUUAACAGAUGGGAUCUCCCAGAGGUAGAUCCAGAAACUAUGCAAACCAGUGAACCAUGGGUGUUUGCAGGUGGUGAUGUUGUUGGUAUGGCUAACACUACGGUGGAAUCCGUGAAUGACGGAAAGCAAGCCUCUUGGUACAUUCACAAAUACAUACAGUCACAAUAUGGAGCUUCAGUUUCUGCCACGCCUCAACUACCCCUCUUUUAUACUCCUAUUGAUCUGGUGGACAUUAGUGUGGAAAUGGCUGGAUUGAAGUUUACAAAUCCUUUUGGUCUUGCCAGUGCAACUCCAACUAGCAGUUCAUCAAUGAUUCGUAGAGCUUUUGAAGCUGGUUGGGGCUUUGCUCUGACCAAAACUUUCUCUCUUGAUAAGGACAUAGUGACAAAUGUUUCACCCAGAAUCAUCCGGGGGACCACCUCCGGCCCCAUGUAUGGCCCUGGACAAAGCUCCUUCCUGAAUAUUGAGCUCAUCAGUGAAAAAACAGCUGCAUAUUGGUGUCAAAGUGUCACUGAACUAAAAGCUGACUUUCCAGACAAUAUUGUGAUUGCUAGCAUUAUGUGCAGUUACAACAAAAAUGACUGGAUGGAACUCUCCAGAAAGGCUGAGGCUUCUGGAGCAGAUGCCCUGGAGUUAAAUUUAUCGUGUCCACAUGGCAUGGGAGAAAGAGGAAUGGGCCUGGCUUGCGGGCAGGAUCCAGAGCUGGUGCGAAACAUCUGUCGCUGGGUUAGGCAAGCUGUUCAGAUUCCUUUUUUUGCCAAGUUGACCCCAAAUGUCACUGAUAUCGUAAGCAUCGCCAGAGCUGCAAAGGAAGGUGGCGCAGACGGUGUUACAGCCACCAACACCGUCUCAGGUCUCAUGGGAUUAAAAGCCGAUGGCACACCCUGGCCAGCAGUGGGCACUGGGAAACGGACUACGUACGGAGGCGUGUCCGGCACAGCCAUCAGACCUAUUGCUUUGAGAGCUGUGACCACCAUUGCUCGCGCUUUGCCUGGAUUUCCCAUUUUGGCCACUGGUGGAAUUGACUCAGCUGAAAGUGGUCUUCAGUUUCUCCACAGUGGUGCUUCGGUCCUCCAGGUAUGCAGUGCUGUUCAGAAUCAGGAUUUCACUGUCAUUCAAGACUACUGCACUGGCCUCAAAGCCUUGCUUUAUCUGAAAAGCAUUGAAGAGCUACAAGACUGGGACGGGCAGAGUCCAGCCACCGAGAGUCACCAGAAAGGGAAACCAGUUCCUCGCAUUGCUGAACUCGUGGGAAAGAAACUGCCAAGUUUUGGACCUUAUCUUGAGCAGCGCAAGAAAAUCAUAGCAGAGGAAAAGAUUAGACUGAAAGAACAAAAUGCAACUUUUCCACCACUUGAGAGAAACCAUUUUAUCCCCAAAAAGCCUAUUCCCACUAUUAAGGAUGUGAUUGGAAAAGCACUGCAGUACCUUGGAACAUUUGGUGAACUGAGCACCGUAGAGCAAGUUGUGGCUGUGAUUGAUGAAGAAAUGUGUAUCAGCUGUGGCAAAUGCUACAUGACCUGUAAUGACUCUGGCUACCAGGCUAUCCAGUUUGAUCCUGAAACCCACCUGCCCACCAUUACUGACACUUGUACAGGCUGUACCCUGUGUCUCUCCGUCUGCCCUAUUAUCGACUGCAUCAGAAUGGUUUCCAGGACAACACCUUAUGAACCAAAGAGAGGCUUGCCCUUGGCUGUGAAUCCCGUGUCUUAAGGUGAUUUGUGAAACAGUUGCUGUGGACCUUGAGGUCACCUACUUAUGCUGAUCUUUUUAAUUGUGAUCAUUAUGCUCAGCUCUUUCUAAAUUCAAACAAACAUAUAAUUUCUAAAUAAAAAAAGAUAAUUUCUAAAGAAAUUUCUAAAUUUUAAAAAUGUCUACUGCCAGUGACCAUUCAGUUAAUGGUCGUAAAAUAGAAUAAUUCUUUUCUGAGGAGAGCUGUUAAAUAUAACUGUGUAGCAGUUAAUUGGAUGUUCACCAUCAGUUGUCCAUUAUGAAAAAUAUUAGCAGUUUUGUGGCAAUUAAUACUACAGUUUCCAAAUUGCCCUAUGCUGGGCUCUGUCUUUGAUUUCUAAUUGUAAAAGAAAUAAGUAUUUUAGAACAAAGUACAAUUUAACUUAUGAGCAAAUGUUUCCAAGGCAACAUUUUAUAAUUAAAAAUUACAUUUAAUUUUAACUCUGUUUCUAAGCAAAGGUAAUUAGCUCCAUAAAGCUCAAAUGAAGUCACAUAAUAAUUUUCUGUGGCAGGAAAAGAAAGCCAACAAGGAUUUGGGAAACUUUUUUUCAGGCCCCUUCGCUGAAAUAACUUCUUUUUGGUGCUGGAUACUGAAGGCGAGAGUAUUCAGUAACCAUUCAUAUCACACUGUGCUAUUCAUCACUCACUCCUUAGAUGGGUGUCCAAACGCCACCAAUGAAUCAACAUGACAUUCUUCUUUAAAUAUUUAAACUAUGUUCCUAACAAAGUAAGAUGUGUUAGGACGGAGCUCUGGUUAAAGCCACUCUUUUGCUGUGCACAGAUCUGUUCUAUCUGCUUCUAAUAGUAACCUUCAUGAUUACAGCAAUUAAUGUUUGAACACAACCCAGAUUAUACAGCAGUGGGUCAUGUGCUUCAUCAUUCAAGAAUGAAAAAUAUAGUAUUGGAAAUAUAUAUUAAAUGUGUGAUACCACUUUACCAACUCUUUAUUUUAGUGUUUAUGUGGAAUUUUGAAAGUAAUUAAAUAAAAAAGAAAUAUUUUCUGUUACUGCCAAAUAAUAUUUUUGUAUUUCUCUAUUUUCAUAACCAGCAAAUAGCAUCCUAUAAAUUAGUUUAUCUCUUCUUUGUGGCAUAUUUUAAUAUGAAUCCAUAAGUAGUGAAUCUUUAUGUAAUCAUCUGUGGCAUAUUUCUAUGACAAAUGCAAGAUCAAGAAAAAUUAAAUGUUUGAUUAUGCACUUUUAGAAAUGCACAUUUACCACAAAAUCUGUAUGAUUGAA